UUCAGCAUUUCUUAGCUGUCCAAGUCGUGCCAAAUUAAAUUCACCGAUGAUGGCUGAAAUUGGUGAACUUUUGCCGUCGGUGGUCCUUGUGGUGGACCCCGUUUCUACCGGGGCUUGCUUUUCCAAAGUGGCGGCGGCUCGUGGUUUCCUGGUCAUCGCACUGUGGAGCAACGAGGCUGCUGGUUCCACUCGCAAGAUAUCGUCCUGCGCUGACCACUCGAAGGAGAAGGUGUACUGGGCCACAGUGGAGGAAGAGGUGUCCAUAGAAGAGACGGUGAAGGUCAUUGAGCAGUCCAUUGAAACCAUUCAUCCAGGUGCUCAAAUCAGAGGCUGCGUCCCUGGCAGCGAGGCAGGUGUCAACUUGGCAGAACUCGUCUCGGAGCACUUGGGGCUUCAAUGCAAUGGUUUGUUUCCGGGAGGGGACCGUCGGAACAAACAUGUGCAGCGCAAUGCUUUGUUGAUGGCCGGAUGCCGGGCAGUUCAAGAGGUUCGUGGUUGUGCAUGGGAGGAUGUGAAGGAGGAUCUGACGCAUCUUGGCCUCCCCAUCGUGGUGAAACCGGUGCAGUCCAGUGGUACGGAUGGGGUGCAGCUUUGCCGCUCCAUGGGAGAAGUGGAGGAACACUUCAGACACCUGCGAUGCACCAAGCGAAGGCUCACGUCCUCAGAUACCGCAGUUCUGUGCCAAGAGUUUUUGUUGGGCCAGGAGUAUGUUGUGGACCACGUGUCUCGAAACGGAGUGCACAAGACCGUCAUGGUCUGGAUGUAUGAGAAACAACCCGCCAACGGCUGUGACUUUGUAUAUUAUGCCAUGCGGCCGAUAGAGGUGGAUGAUUGUCCUGUCGGGUUGAUUGAGUACACUCGUGCUGCGUUGGAUGCCUUGAAGUUUUGCCAUGGGGCAACCCAUGCAGAAGUGAUCAUGACAAAGGAUGGACCAUGCCUUGUUGAGAUGAACGUUCGGAUGAUGGGUGCUAAUGGUUGUUAUGUGAAUUUGGCACGUUUGCUGACGGGGACUUCACAUCCUGAAGCUACUCUUGAUUGCUUGGAUGGUGAACGUUUUGACGCUUUGCCUGAUGUUCCAAGAGCCUUCAAGGCUUCAGGUCAGGUGAUCUUCCUGGUCUCCUACUUCUCAGGGAUUGUGACGGGCAUGCCUGGCUACGCGAGGAUGCAAAAAUUGUCCUGUUUCAUGGAGUUGCACACGUCCCUUUCGAUUGGAUCCAAAGUUGAACUGACGGUUGACACCUUUACCUUUGCGGGUAUUUUGGUGCUCGCCGGCCACAAGGACCAGAUCGAGGCAGACGUUGCAGAAGUCCGUCAGAUUGAGAAGGAAGGCCUUUUUUGUUUUGAGCCGCCGAGCUUCGGCGGGGCUUGACAGGGCCGCCGAGCUUCGGUGGCGCUUGCGCCACGUGGAUGCAGAGUGUUGAUUUUGUGAUUCAUUGCCUAGCCUGUACAGGCUUUGCAUCCCGAUUUGUUUCACACCCUUCGCUGACGUUCCGCACGGCCUCAGCCUCGAUCAAGGGCUAGCUGUUCCGCGGUGUUUAUAUCUUGUCCAGGUGUCGAAAGUUGAAGGGUGCACAGCCGGCAAAA